AUGAUGAAUUGUAGUAAUUCGUUUUAACAUUAAGGCUCCUUUCUUUCUCGGAAACAAAUGCCCUUUGACCCAUUAAUCUUGGGCGUAUUGGUGCUUUUAGCAUUUGGAAUCUUUUCACCGGGCUUUCACCGUCCUUACAGUGAUUGGCAAAAUAAUCAAGGAGGUGGAUUUUCCUUGCGUGGAGUUUUUCUUUAACGAUUUGGAAUCAAUUUCCUGAAAGAUUGUUGGAAGCAGACCCAACAAUAAUAUUGAAAGAUAAUUUAAUAUAUACUUGACGGGAAGAAUAAACAUUUGGAAGCCUGUGAGGAAUGCAAGGGGAGGGGGCAAUUAGUUGGCACAAGCAUGCUAGGCUUUGUGCUGCUUUGUACGUGUGUAUCUAAUCGAAGUGAAGAAUCUGUCUUUGUACAUAACAGUGGUACAAAGCUAGCUAUUUUUGCACGUCAACAUGUUAGCAUAUUUUGGAGGAAGUAAGCUGUUGGCAGCUAUUAGGAAUGCCUGACAAAUCAAUACAGUGUGUGAUUUCAAUUCUCUACUGACUUCAGAAUGCUACCCUUUAAUUACCGAAUGAAAGUCGUUCGUCUUUGCGAUGCGGAUCCCCGCGUUUGGUUGGUCUGGAUGAUAAACGCUGCUUGCAAUGAUAUCACGACAGCCGGAGUAGCCAGGGAAUUGAUGCUAUUCAAUCUAAACGGCCCUCGCUUAUUGAACCCCGUUCUUCUGCUGCUUGUGGAUAGAGCCCUUUUUUGGGACCGCCAGUCAGUCACAGUUGGGCUUUUCCACGUAAUUACCCAUCACAUGCCAAAUCAUUUUCCGAUCCCACCCCCAAGUAUAAAUAGAUACAGCCUACACCGAAGCUUCAAGUGCUUGCGACGGCCGGCUGCUUUGCGGAAUCAAAUAUUUUCAUAAUCUCUGUCCCAUUCCAAUUUUCCCAGAGCAAAUUUUCCCAGAACUAACGAAACGGGUGGAUAAUCGGCUCGAAGUAAUCUUAGAAGCUGAUUUUGUGGUUGAAUCAAGAAGGAAAUUGGAACCAUUUGGCAUCACGGUGCUGUCAAUCAUGAAGAAAUUCAAGAGUCACCUCGUGGGAGACAAGAAAGCCAUCAUACAGAAUAACCUUUCACCGAAAACUGACUGUUCAGGAAUAAGCCCAAAACUAAAUGUGGAGAAGAAACACAAUAAGAAAUGGGCCAUUUUCUCACCAUUUUCCCACAAGAAGGAAACAACGCUGAUUUCAACAGACAACAUUACAGAUACUGAAGAGAUCGAUGGAGAAAAUAUAAAAAUACCAUCAGAAAAAGACAUCCAAGUACUUAUCGAACAAAAGCAAUAUUUUAAGGCUGACUGCCACCUCAUCAAAUUGGAACAUGAGCGAUAUGCUCAUGACAGUACGGAAAUUGAUGAAGGUUUCAUCGAAGAGAAAAAAAAAGUUGAAUCAUUGUAUGAGCUGCUUAGUGUUGAAAUUUUCACAGUUGCGAAAAACUCAAUGAACAUUUCCAAGGAAAAUCCAAAUCUGUUGAAAAUGGCAGUGCAAGUGAAAACCCAAGAGGAAAAGUUAGAUCAGAUGUGUCUGGAGGAGAAAGGGACAUGUGGAGGUAUCGCAAAAGUUAGGCCAAGAGGAUGGGAAGCUAAAUGGCUGGAUGCUUUAGAGCAAUCUGUGAAUCAAAGAUUAGGUGAACUACUACGCAAUGUUUCUGAUGUUGACAAAGCCAAAUCGUCCAUUGAGUGUUUAGUGGAACAUCACAAAAAACUGAAAGAGGAUUUUGAUACCAUUGUGAACUGCAUCAAGCCAUGUUAUCCCCAAGAGUACAAUAUAUGUGAAAAGUAUGUGGAAUAUUAUCAUAAAAAAUGUUCCUCCCAUAUGGAAUUAAUCAUAGAAAAUGGACCUAAAGGAAAAGAUGUUUAUCCCAUUCUGCACUGGAUUGUCACUUGUUAUCCAAAGCUUAUGAAUACCAUCACACAAUCUGAAGAAAGAAGUCAGGAACUGUCAAGUACCUUGCUCCCAGAAAGCGUGAUCAGUCAUUUGAAAAGUGAAUACUUUUCUGCUUUACAGGCAGAUGCUAGAAUGCACAUGGCAAACAGUCUCCAUAUAGAAGAGGAGAAUUGGAGACGUGAAGAGGAGCCCAUUGUGCUGAAUGAGCAUUAUCACAGCGAAUUACCUAUCGACAUAAUCCAGAUAAUUGAGGGGGCUUUCCAGGACACCAGAACUCUUACUAAUGAAAUGUCAGACAGAGCACUAGACAUCAUGCUACAGGAAGCACAUUCCUUCCUAGAAUGCUUCCAGCGAUCAGCAGAGAAUUUUGAAAAAUCCAAUUUCAACAAUGCAAAUUUCAUUUCCAUUACAAUUUUAAUCGCCAACUGUUGUGAAGUUAUCAGGAAUUACAUUGAUACAAAUGAGAAAAUCACUAAUGUAGAGAUAAAGGAGAAAGUUCUAUCAAUUUUGAAUGAAAUGCAAAAGAAGAGAAAAGACAUUUUGCUAAAGACCUUGUUUUGUAACUUAAAGCCUCACUGUAAAAAGCUGGUGACAGAAAAAUGGUUCGAGUCCUCAGAUCCUAUCGACAAAAUAUUUGAAUUAUUGGAGGAGCAUCUUACAAGAUUAUUGAAAUUAAAAGCACCACUGUAUCAGGAUCUAUUGAGGGACAUCCAUAAGCAGCUCAUUACAGAAUACAUAAUAAGAAUUAUGAAGAAAAGGCUAUAUUGCAAAACAGAAAAUAAGCAGAAAAGUGUGGCAGACCAAAUAGAGAAUGAAGCUGUCCAGUUACAGAAACUCUUUACUUGUUAUCAGUCUGAAGAUACGUUUUUGGAGUCUGCACUUCUUAAAAUCGCUGAAAUCAUCCGGCUUAAAGAUAUCAUAGCUAUUACAGUGGAAGUUGCUGCACUCGUCCAUGACUUCCCAGAUGUUAGCAAACAGCAUAUUGGAGCCAUCUUGUACAUUAAAGGGAACGUGAAAAAAUCAGACGAGAAACAGAUUCUGAACAUUCUUAAUGAACCCCUGAUUGAUGCAAAUACUUCCAAGGACAUUAAACUUUUUAGCACUACUACUGUUCUAAAGACUCUCUGAGAAUCAUAACUUCAUUGAACUGGGACACCAGCAUAAUCUUUGUAUAUUUUUGUAGUCUCAUCAUUUUUAAGGAUGUAUUUGUAAGGCAAUGGUGUUUCAAAUGCAUAUUGUUACCUGUCGUAUGUCUGAUGUGGCACAUUUGAAUAAUAAUCACCACAUAAGUUACAGCAUUGUGAAUUUGUCACGUUCCUCACACCUUAUGGCUGAACGUCUUUCAAGAAAUAAAGGCAUUUUCUUUGGCAUA